AUGAAAGAGCUAGAUUUGGAAUACAAUUGCGAUUUGGAAAAGUUAGCAUAUCAAAGAAUACAAACCUGCAAAAAAGCACUCUAUAGCAGCAAAACGCAUAACAGCGCCGUAAUAAGAAAACAUCUUGGUCAAGAGAAAGUCAUGGCUUUCGUGAGGGCUUUCUCCUACUGGCGAAAUGACAAGCAGAAGCGGACCAGUAAAGAUAACAAGCCGCAAACCGAGUACGACAAGCUGACUUGGAAGUCAACAUCGGCUUUCGGUUGCGCAGUGAAGCAAUGCAAGAAACGGGGUGAAAAGUUCACUCUUGUGGACUGCAAAUACGACUACGAGUAA